ACAAUAGUUAAAUUAAUCAGGAUUCACACCAACACACAAAAGACACGUGAUUUGUGAGACCGCGUGACCACAAAAAAAGCGGACCGGGAUAUUUUCGGAGAUUGCGAAGCAACAAAGCUCGCGUAGCCAAUCUUCAUCGAGAACGACCCACAUCUGAGACGCUCUUUUAGUCACCGCGCAUAAUUGCCAGGAAGUAUGGACACGGAAGAAUUUAAGGACUUUGCCCAAAGCAUGGCCGAAUUCAUCGGCAACUACCUAGACAACAUUAGAGAAAGGCGAGUUUUGCCAGAAGUAGAGCCAGGUUACCUACGGCCUCUUUUGCCAGAAACUGCUCCCGAGGACGGCGAGCGCUGGCAGGCACUGAUGGGUGACCUGGAGAGGGUCAUCAUGCCCGGCGUGACCCACUGGCAUCAUCCCCAGUUCCACGGUUACUAUCCAACUGCACAGAGCUACCCGGCAAUUGUCGCUGACAUGCUCUCAGGUGGCAUCGCAUGCAUAGGGAUCUCAUGGAUUACCAGUCCUGCUUGCACCGAAUUGGAGAUGGUCGUGCUGGACUGGCUGGGAAAAAUGAUUGACCUGCCUGUCGAAUUCCUAUCCUGUUCCAACGGCAAAGGUGGUGGCGUAAUACAGAGCACUGCCUCAGAGUCAACCUUGAUCGCUCUACUCAGUGCCAAAGCCAAGUACCUGAGCAGGGCCAAGGAACUUGAGCCAGAUCAGCCUGAGGGAGUUCUUACCUCUAAACUCGUUGGAUACUGCUCAGAUUUAGCUCAUACAUCGGUAAAUCGAGCUGGACUCCUUGGGGGGAUAAAGAUGCGAGGUGUCGCCGCUGGGGACGAUUACCGUUUGCGUGGUGAAGCCCUACGAAAGGCCAUCAGGGAGGACAAAGAGGCUGGACGGAUACCUUUCUUUGCUGUCGCCACUCUAGGCACAACUGUCAACUGCGCAUUUGACGACUUGGAUGAAAUCGGCACCGUCUGCGUUGAGGAGGACCUGUGGUUGCACGUGGACGCCGCGUACGCUGGCGCUGCGUUUAUCUGCCCAGAGUUUCGACAUCUGAUGCGUGGCAUUGAAAAGGCCGACACAUUCAACUUCAACCCGCACAAGUGGAUGCUGGUUAACUUUGACUCCGCUGCAAUGUGGUUUAAGGAUGCCAGCUAUAUGAUCAACACAUAUGGCAACGAUCCUGUCUACCUCAAACACGAACAUCAAGGCGUUCCAGAUUACAGGCAUUGGCAAAUUCCAUUUGGAAGGAGGUUUCGUUCUCUGAAGCUGUGGUUUGUGCUGCGCAUUUACGGCGUCAAGGGUUUGCAGGCGCACAUCCGCAAGCAGGUUGCUCUGGCCAAGCAGUUCGAAGGCCUCGUCCUACAAGAUAACCGCUUUGAGCUUUUUUGCCCUGCUUCCAUGGGACUCGUCUGCUUUAGACUAAAAGGAAGCAAUGAAACGAAUGAGCUUUUGCUGAAGAAGAUCAACGCCAAUGGAAAAAUCUAUAUGGUUCCGUCCAAGAUAAAGGAAACAUACUUCUUGCGUAUGGUCGUGUGUUCCAGGUUUUGCCAGCCCACAGACAUGGAGCUUGCUUUUAACGAGGUCUCCUCUAUAGCCAGUGAGCUCCAGUAGGAAGUGGAAAUUUUAAGAAAAUUGUUGUAUUUUUAAUGAAAAAUUUCUUUUGCAUUAUCAUUGAGCAAGUUUUUUAUAUUUGUAACAAAUUCAGAGUGAAUAAUUACUAAAAUAAGAACGCAAAACCCCACUUCUCAUUCAUCGUAAAAUUUCCAGCCACAAAGCAAAAUAUCGUUAUUUAAAAUAUCUAGGAAGAUGAAUGUUACUAUGUUCGAAUGCCCAGAAAUAAAUUUUUUCG